AUGAGGUUACCUGCACGGCUUACUUGUACUCUUCGAUUGUCUAAUGUAAAUGAAAUUUCUCUAUUUUCUCCCACAUGGGAAACACUUAACGGUGUUGUUGGCCGUACUACAGGGGAAUCACCUAUCGUUGGUGUUGGUGGUACCACAGGAGGAUCGCCUAUCGGUGGUGUUGGUGGUACCACAGGAGGAUCGCCUAUCGUUGGUGUUGGUGGUACCACAGAAGAAUCGCCUAUCGUUGGUGUUGGUGGUACUACAGGGGAAUCACCUAUCGUUGGUGUUGGUGGUACCACAGGAGAAUCACCUAUCGGUGGUGUUGGUGGUACCACAGGAGAAUCGCCUAUCGUUGGUGUUGGUGGUACCACAGGAGAAUCGCCAAUCGGUGGUGUUGGUGGUACUACAGGAGAAUCGCCUAUCGUUGGUGUUGGUGGUACCACAGGAGAAUCACCUAUCGUUGGUGUUGGUGGAGAAUCGCCUAUCGGUGGUGUUGGCCGUACCACAGGAGAAUCGCCUAUCGGUGGUGUUGGUGGUACCACAGGAAAAUCGCCUAUCGUUGGUGUUGGCCGUACCACAAGGGAAUGUGCUGGAAAGUUUUGA